AUGGCUGAGCAGGCAGCUAAAAAGUUGCAGAAAAGCUAUUUUGAUGUGUUGGGCUUGUGCUGUUCAUCAGAAGUGCCUUUGGUUGAGAACAUCUUGAAGCCUCUUCUUGGCGUCAAAGAGGUUUCUGUGGUUGUGGCAACAAGAACUGUGAUUGUUGUUCAUGAUAGCCUCCUCAUUUCUCAGCUUCAAAUUGUCAAGGCAUUGAAUCAAGCAAGACUAGAAGCAAAUGUGAGAGUCUAUGGGGCAGAGAACAGUUUCAAACAAAAAUGGCCAAGUCCAUAUGCAAUUGCCAGCGGCGUCUUCCUCUUGCUUUCAUUACUCAAAUUCGUAUAUCGACCCAUGGGAUGGCUGGCUCUCGGCGCAGUCGCUGUCGGCAUUUUCCCUAUUGCUAUGAAAGGCAUAGCAUCCAUUCGAAAUCUUCGGCUCGACAUCAACAUCCUUAUGAUUGUUGCAGUGAUCGGUACAAUUGCUUUAAAUGAUUAUCUGGAAGCUGGCACUAUUGUAUUUCUCUUCACCAUCGCAGAGUGGCUCGAGUCUAGGGCAGGCCACAAGGCGAAAGCAGUGAUGUCAUCUUUGAUGAGUAUGGCCCCUCAGAAAGCAGUGCUAGCGGAUACAGGAGAAGUUGUAGAUGUUGAUGAGGUUAAGCUGAACACACUCCUGGCUGUGAAGGCCGGUGAAGUUAUUCCCAUUGAUGGGAUAGUUGUUGAUGGCAAAGGUGAGGUGGAUGAGAAAACACUAACUGGAGAGUCAUAUCCAGUUACCAAGGAAAAGGACUCCACUGUUUGGGCUGGCACCGUCAAUCUCAAUGGUUAUCUCAGUGUCAAAACUACAGCCUUAGCUGAAGACUGUGUAGUUGCUAAAAUGUCUAAACUUGUGGAGGAGGCACAAAACAGCAAAAGCCGAACUGAGAGAUUCAUUGACAAGUGUACAAAGUUUUAUACCCCAGCGGUCCUAGUCAUAUCAAUUUCUAUUGCGGUGAUUCCAGCCGCAUUACGUGUUCAUAAUUGGAGCAAAUGGUUUCACUUAGCUUUGGUUGUUUUAGUAAGUGCUUGUCCAUGUGCUCUCAUCCUCUCUACACCAGUUGUGACUUUCUGCACACUUACAAAAGCAGCUACAUCCGGUAUCCUAAUCAAAGGGGGUGACUUCAUUGAGACCCUUGCUAAAGUCAAGAUUAUGGCUUUUGACAAAACUGGUACGAUAACGAGGGGUGAAUUUGUGGUGAUGGAUUUUAAAUCUCUCCGUGACGACAUUAGCUUGAACGCAUUGAUUUACUGGGUUUCAAGCAUUGAGAGGAAGGCCAGUCAUCCAAUGGCAGCUGCUCUUGUUGAUUACGGGAGAUCGUUUUCUAUUGAGCCAAACCCGGAAAAUGUGGAGAACUUCGAAAACUUUCCUGGGGAAGGCGUCCAUGGAAAGAUAGAUGGACAGGAUAUUUAUAUUGGAAGCAAAAGAAUAGCUUUGAGAGCGUCUUGUGAAACAGUUCCAACCAUUGAAGGAUCUAAGGGUGGGAAGACUAUAGGUUACAUAUACUGUGGCCGAACUCCUGCUGGAGUGUUUACACUGUCCGAUGCUUGUCGAACUGGGGCUGCAGAGGCUGUUAGGGAGCUGAAAAAAUUGGGUAUUAAAACAGCCAUGCUUACAGGAGACAGCCAUGCUGCAGCUAUGCAAGCGAAUGAGCAGCUUGAGCAAGCUCUGGAUGUAGUCCACGCGGAACUUCUGCCCGAAGACAAGGCCAAAAUCAUUAAAGAAUUAAAAGUGGAAGGAAAAACAGCCAUGGUUGGGGAUGGCAUCAACGAUGCCCCUGCUUUAGCCACGGCUGAUAUUGGAAUCUCGAUGGGCAUUUCAGGGUCAGCCCUUGCUCAAGAUACUGGGAAUAUCAUUCUAAUGUCAAAUGAUGUCAGGAAACUACCGAAGGCAAUCCAGCUUGCAAGAAGAGCCAAACGUAAAGUAAUUGAAAAUGUGAUCCUAUCGAUCAGUACUAAAGCUGGAAUUCUGGCACUAGCAUUUGCGGGACAUCCACUUGUUUGGGCAGCAGUUCUUGCAGAUGUUGGGACAUGCUUGCUUGUCAUAUUAAACAGCAUGCUGCUUUUGCGAGGAGCUCACAGGCAUGGAGACAAACAUGUACAUAAUCAUGGAAAACAUAUACACAGCCACUCUCAUGGAAACCAGAAGUGUUGCUCUGACCACAAAGUUGUAGAGGUGUGCAAGUCUCAAAAGUGCUCUUCUCAGAGGUGUGCAUCAGAAUGCAGGCCUAGUUCCAAUUUGAGCUUGCCUGGCAAUUCUACAUGCAGUAGUGACCUGCAUGAGGCAAAGCACCAUGAUCAUGGAAGCUGCAGAUCUCAUAACCGUGGAGGCAAUAGGCAAAGCCACACUCACACAAACCAGCAUUGUUUCUCGGAUAGCAAAACUGUAGUAGUGCAUGAACCUCCAAAGUGUUCUUCUCAGAGUUGUGGACCAGACUGCCAGCCUAGUCCUCUGAAGGCAAGCUUGGCUGAUGAUUGUAAGUGUGAGGAUUCAGAAGAGAUUCACAGUUGCCCAAGAAAUGAUGACUUGCAUGAGGCAAAGAACUGCGAUAAACAUGAUCUGGAGUCACAAAUUAAUCACAAGCAUGGCUGUUUGCAGACUGAAAAUUUGAGCUCAUGUGAAGAUCAUGGGUGCACUGCCUUGACUGUAAGGCAUGGAAGUUGUGGGGAGGGUUAUGGAAUCCAAUCAAUCCAUGAGAAAAAAGACUGCAACCACCAUUCUGCCCCUUCUUUGGAGGAAAAUAGGAGACCAAAGAGUGUUGAUCAUUGCCACUCAACACAUUGUGACAAAGAGCAUAUCAGCAAUGAAGCUUUUCAGGAAACAGCUAGCACAAGCUGUGAGGAGCAUCAUCAUCACCAUCAUCAACAACAUCAACAUCAAGAUCAACAUCAUCAUCAUCAUCAUCAUAAUCACCACCAUCAUCAUCAACAUCAAACAUCACCUCCUCAUAUGACUAUCGAUAUUAUACAGAGUAGUAACCAUACCAAAUCUGCGCUCCCACAUGCUUGCAACAGUGGACGAAUAAGAGAAAAAGAGGUCUGUUGUCCACAGUCGAUGGGAAUCAAUGCCUGCAUGUUAGAAAAAAGAGAAGUUGGGGGAUGCUGCAAGAGCUACAUGAAGGAAUGCUGUGGUGUACAUGGACAUAUUGGCUCUAGCUUUCAAGGUUCCUUAUCAGAAGUAACAAUUGAAUAGCUCUGGACUAACAGAAAUAAAGAUCAGAUAAAUAUAUCCAUUAGCUUUUUCUCAAGGCAUUUAAGCAUUCAGCUAGGGGAAGUGGGGAACUAAUUUAUGGCUAGCAAAGGGGAUCAUAAUAUAAGAGAGCUUAAACAAUAUGCAAUCCAGUUGAAAAUGUAUGUAUCUGGUUGCAUUUACUUACGCAAGUAUUUGAUAGGAACUUUGGCUUAGAGAAUGUAUAUUGUAUUUUCUUCUAUACAAGACCGAACAUUUCACCUU